AAAUUACUCUAACGUUAUUAAUAAACUGUCCAGGCUCAGACCCAUCCAUCUGGAUAGCUUAAAUAAAUAUUUAUUUCUGCUAUAAUUACUCAUAAUUUUAUAAUGAACAACAAAUUUGAAGCGUAAGUAAAGUCUAAAACUUAUUUAAGCUGUUGUGAACAUUAGCGUGAUUUUUUUUCCAUUUUGUCCUGUGUUUAAAAAAAGCAACUUUAGUGAAUUUUUAGAAUUUAUUUCACUUUUCAGUAAAUUUGGUUUUUGUUUGUGGCUGGUUGUGGUUAAUUAAGUAAAAAUGCAAACUAGACUAAGUAGUCAUUUACCAGAUUCCAGAUGAGAUUCACAUCUGCACAGAUCAUUCUUUUAACUAGUUAGUAGUAGUAAGACACACACUUUUCUACUUUUUGGCAGUCAUAUUCACUCUUUAGGACUUUAGUCUUAGUACAUACUAGGCCAUAUUAUUAUUAUGCUAUAUAAUAUAAGAUAUUAUUAUUAUAAAUUAUAAACUUUAAUAAGCAGUUUAGAAAUAGCUUUGCUCAGCAUUUGCUGAUGUGUCAUAACUUUUUAUAAUUUAUAACUCAAUAAUAUAACUUAAAUAAUAAUGUACUAUAAUAUAAUGGUAAAUGGUGAUUGUGGAUGCCAUGAUGAUUGGCCGCCUUCUUGGUUGGGAAACCAGUUAAUUCUGUCACUAUAUCUAAGUAAAUGUAUCCCUAAACUUAACCUGAACCCUAAAUGUAUCCCUAAACCUAACCUGAACCCUAAUUCACAGCAACACCUAAAAGAUGUGGUGGCAUCCACAACUAUCAUUAGCCACUAUAACUUAUAUAGUCCUUGCCCUGACUCUGUACCCGUCUAUUUCUAUUAGUAGAGGCUAUGGAUGUGGUGGUAACAUGAUUAACAUGGUGUGGAGUGUGGGCUUAACUUAAAAUUAGAUUAGGAAAGCUUGAUUAAUUAGUAGGCCUAAAAUUAAGAGUUAAUAAUUUAAUGUAAAUUAAAAAAAAUUAAAAAAUCCUUUAGGGUUUAGACUAAAGAAUAUCUAUGACUAUAAUUACUAUAAGAAUAGUAGUAGUAGCAGUAGUAUUUAGCAUGAGUUUUAAUAGUGAGACUUCAUUUAAGUUGGUAUUUAGUAUGAAAAAUGUGUUUUGCUAAAUCAUUUAAUCAAGUAGAUGCUACUCUGACAGUGUGUAUAUUUGACCCACUGACCUCAGCAAACCUGGACCAUGUCUCUAUUUUAACCAAAUGUAUUAAUUAAACUAUGCUAACAGAAAUUACAAAAUAAAAAAAAAGGACUUUUAUUAGUUUUAUAAUGUUAAUAAACUACCAAUCUAUUUAAAACAAAAAACACCACAAACUGAACUAGAAUAGUGCCAGUUUAAUUAAGUCUUUAAACUAUAAGAGUUUUGGACCUAAAUAAAAUUUAAACUACUAACUAUAGCUUUAAUUUUAGUUAAUCACCACCUGAGACAACUUUAACACUAAGGGUUUUAAUUACAGUGAAUUUGUUUAACAAAUUUGUAUUGAAAUUUGAAAAUUUUAUUUUUACCACAAGAAAAAACAAUGUUUUAAAAUUAAAUUUUAUUUACGAAGAAUUCUCAGUCCAGUAAGUGACCAUAUCUUUUAUUUGGGACUAUUGAAACUCUCACUCUGACAAAUUAUGACUUUUCAUGCCUUUUUCUUUUGAAAUAAGACAAAGACAUCAUCAAUUUCUAAAGGUUCUUUUUUUUUUUUCUUCAAAUUAUUUUUUGGGAUCAAAUACUAUUUCAGUCAGUCAUUGGUAGCUGAGGCAUGUAUAUUUGUGAUGAAAUGCCACUUUUCUCUUUGUCUGUCUCAUACUCUAGUAAAUCUACAAUGAUGAAAAAUGUCCACCAAGAAUCUGAAAGGUAACCAGGGAAAAGAAAUUCAGUCUGUUAUUUUACUUUAUAUCACGCUGUAAAUUAGUUUGACUUUUGGGGAUCUCCAUCUUUGUUUUGUAGUAAUUAUAAAUACAUAGAAAACCAUUUGUGCACCUUCUAUUUCAAUUGAAAAUACAACUUUUACCUCACAAGCUAGUCAUAAAAAAAAUAUCCAUUUGAUUUUCCGUUUGUACCUUAAAAAUAUAGUAGUUAAAGAUGAGUAGAACAUGCACAUAAAAAACCGUUUAAGUUAAGGGUCUCUCCAUUUUUCUGCCAUCCAAAGUUACAGAUUGCAUCCUUUUGUUUCAUAUCACAUUGCUACUUUGUGUAACCUUACAUUUUUUCAUAUUUGAGAUAGAAGACGGAAAGUAAAAAAAGAAAAUUUAAAAUGCCAUUCAUGAAUAUAUAACAUUAUUUUUGCAUAAGAAAUGAUAGAUGAUGCAUUAUUGUAAAAUCAUAAACCACUCUCAAGAUCCCCUUUGAAGGCAUUUUCUAUUUAACCAAUUCAUUCUUGUUUGACUUGGUACUUCUUAAUUCUGUGCAUUAUCUAAGGAGCUGAACUUGUGUGCAAUACAAACAUCUGUUGGCAUCAAGUUUCUAAAUCUCAUCUAAAGUAAUCUACAAAUUAAUAAAUGGGAAAUUUUUGUAAUCAUAGGUUGAAGGCAGAGGACAGUGGGGAAGAAGAAGAAGAACCUUUUAGACCAGCUCCUGUAAGUGUUCUCAAACAAACUCUAGUAUUUUGUUUCAUAUUAAUUUUUUAAUGUGUAAAAAAUGUAGAAUGUUGUCAAACUUACUGUAAUGCUCUGUAGACCAGAUACCUUAUAUUUUCUAGUGUGAAUCGAGGCCUCUAAUCAAUAGAACUAACACCUACGUAAUGAAUUUAAAAAUGUAUAAUGUUUUAUACAAAUAGGUUUAUACUUUUAUUUUAUUUUUUAUUUAAUGAAUAGAAAGUGUUUAAUUUUAAAUUGUGAAUUUUUAACAACAGAAACCUGGAGAAGGAGAGCAUGCUCUACAGUACAACUAUGCCAUUUGGUUUUCUCGAAGGUCACAGUCCAACAAAACAAUGCGAUAUGAUCAGAAUCUCAAAUUCAUUGCAUCCUUUGCCUCAGUAAGUUAACAUAAAUUUAAGAUAUUCAUUAUCAUAUGCAAACCAUGGAACUUUUAGCUUUAAUUCAUUCAAAUUUUUUAUAGCUUAGUAUCAGAUGGCAGGUUAUAAAGAUUAAAUAAGAACAAUAGUAUAAAAGGAAUCUUGAGACAUUCUGGGUUGCUUUAAACUGGACAUCGUCAGUAAUUCAAGUUACAUAUCAUCACAUUCCUGUAAUUCAAGUCACAAAACAUCACAUUGGAAUAAAUAUGUUUGCACCAAUUUUGCUCUAUAUCUCUAUAUGAGGAACACUCAUUUUUUAUUUCUAGACUACAAGAUUAACACCAAAGUGUCACUGGGCUUAAAAGGGAAGGCAUAUUUUUCUACUUGCUACACCUGCUAUUACGAAGUCUCAAAAUCUACUAAUUUUGUUUGUUUGUAACUGUAUCAGGUUUUGAGAUAUUGCAUCGUCCAAACAAAAGUUUUGAAAAUUUUCCAGGAUCUUAAAUUUAAGUUUAGGAAAGAGUAAAUCAGACUUUCCCUUUUUUUUUUUAACGAAGUAUCUAUCACAGACCUGUUUACUCUUACGAUUUUGGCGUACAAUGUACGAUUUUGAGGUGUAAACAUUAUAUAUACUGCAUGUUAAUUUUUACUAUAAAUCUAAGGUAUAGAACGAUUUUGUGAUGAUAUUGUACGAUUUUAAGAGUUUGAGGGUAAGCAGGUCUGCUAUCAUUGCAUUUCUAACACCACUGGGGUUUGAGAAAUGUUUAUCCUCUAUAUAAUAUUAUAGGCCCACCAAACUUUACUACACAUCUCUGAAUUACAAGAAAAUAAUUAUAUUAAAUUUAUUUAUAAUUUAUAAAAAUAAUACUUACAUAUUAAAGAUUACUUAUAUUUUCAUGAAAGCAGAUAUAUGUUGAUGAUAUUUAAAUGGAUUCAAUAUCUAUAAAAUAAUAUACAAAUAAUACAAAAUCACAAUUAAUGUUUUUUCAAAAUCAGAAUGUAAGCGCAUCUACAUUGGCUCAUGCGCAUAUAUAUAUAUAUAAAAAUAUAUUAUAUAUAUACACAUAUAUUGUAUAUUACUAUUAGCAAAGGCAUACCUUCAUAUCAGUUAUGCUCUUAGGGCACUGGAGAUGGUAAUUAUUGUCUUGAUUUAAAAUCCUCUGUUUUUUUUUUGUCAUCUAUAAUCUUAUGCCAUUUCUGCAAAUGUUUCCAGGUUGAACAGUUUUGGAACAUAUACAGUUAUAUAGUUCGACCAGCUGAUAUGACAGGGCAUGUAGAUUAUCAUUUAUUUAAAGAAGGAAUCCGGCCAAUGUGGGAGGUGAAUCAUAUUUUUUUUUUUUUAUUAUUAUUAUUAUUUUUUUUAACCCUAAGGUAUUGCAUUCAAAAGUCAGGAAAAAUAUAUUCCAUUUUUUGUUUUUAAUUUCGAUCUAGUAAGUUGAGUAAAAUAAAAAAAACUGUAUUCCUGUCUUUUUAAUUUACAAGAUGACUAUUUCUGAUUUAAAAACAAAAUCCAUGAAAAUAUUGAGAAAUGUGAAAUGUAAAGGAUUAUUUUAUUUUGGCUUGAGGAAGAAAUCUUCCCUUAAUCUAAAUUAUCAUGGAGACCUUUUUUUCCCCAUGUUUUUAUUUCUAAAUUUUAUUUUCUUAAAAAAUUAGUUUCGUUAACGUUAGCUCUUUUACCCAAUGUCAUGCAGGAUGAUGCCAACAAGCAUGGAGGCAAGUGGAUCAUCAGACUUAAGAAAGGCCUGGCGUCUCGCUGCUGGGAAAAUCUGAUCAUGGCAAUGCUAGGGGAACAGUUUAUGGUUGGAGAAGAAAUCUGUGGUGCUGUCAUUUCGAUACGAUUUCAGGUAUCAUUUCGUCGUUGCAUCUAUUAAAAUAUUGUAAGAGGUAUCUAAUCAGGUUUUAUUUACUUUGCUUAAAAUGGUUUUUAAAAAAAAUAUUUGUAUCUUUUUUAAAAAAAAACUACGACUUGAUUUACCUUAUAUAGUGGUUCUCACUACUUUUUAAAAAAUAAAUCAGGGUAAUAAGUGUGGGUUAUGAGGUGUGGGGUCAUAAGAUAUUUUUAUAAUUUUCUCCGGGUACAUUGAAUGAUGAAGUUGUUAAUGUAGAUCGCCAUGGUCCUAUGACGCUCGGCAAGAUUUGAAUACAUUACCAAAAGCUUUAAAUAUGAAUAAAUACUUGUGCUUUACCUAACUAAUUAUUUGGUUUAUUUCCUGCUGGAAAAUUUUUUUAAAAGUUUAAAUAUCAUGUUUUACAAAUUUUCAUUUAAACAGCUAUUUUUAAUUCACAUGCUCCUGCUAUUGGUUACCACAUAAACCAAGCUAUGGAAAGUAGAGGGCGCCAAUGUUCAGUUUUCUAAGCACGAGGGUAAUCUCAUCCUAUAAAAUAUUCGCUACCAUAUAUUGCCUAAAGGGGCAUGUUAUUUUAUCUACUGCCAGGACGACAUUUUAUCACUGUGGAACCGCAGCACAGACUCAGCCAUCACAUCCCGUAUCAGAGACACAUUGCAACGAGUGUUAAACCUGCCACCCAACACUAUCAUGGAAUACAAGGCACAUACAGAUAGCAUGAAGUAAGUUCAUCUUGAUGGCAGGACCUCACGCUAAACAACUCAAGAGUUCAAAUUGAUUUAAGAAUGGUACAACAAGGCUAAUUCCCCCAUGUCGACGGUUCUCACCCCGUGGGUCGAGACCCAUUUGGGAUCGGGUGACCCUUACUCAGGGGUCGCCUAAGACCAUCAGAAAACACAUAUUUAUGAAGUAACAAUGAACAUAAUAUCAUGGUUGGGGGUCGCCACAACAUGAGGAACUGUAUUAAAGGGUCGCGGCUUUAGGAAGGUCGAGAACCACUUCCCUAUGUUAUUACUGAUUUCCAUUAAAAGUUAAAAAUCAGAAGAGGGGGGGGGGGUGUCAGUGCAUCCUGAUUAUGUUAGGGAUUUAUAUAUCUUGAAACUGUGUCUUGUGUCUUCAAAGACAAGGUGCACCUUAAGUUUGCUUGUAAAGCUGCCCAUAGGUGUUGCAGAGAUGACCCAGAGAUGAGAAAUCACAAUUAAGCUUGAUUUGCUUGAAAGUUUCUGUUCUCUGUUGUGUCAUUUCGAUCAUGUGAAAAUAUAUCUGUAGAGAUUUAAAAGCUCUACCAUAUACUUGAAAAAAAAUUUUAAACAAAUAAAUCAAAGACGAUUGUUUGGUAUGUUAGUUUUUGGGUCUUGUAAAAAAAAAAACAUUACCAUCACACAUAAGAAAAUAAAUUUACUUAAUUUUCUUAAAAUAGCAAUUCUACGUUCCCCAGAGACAACACAAGUUUCAGGAAUACGGAUCUGUUUGUCAGAUGA